GCAUCACUUUUCUCAUUCUCCUCCUCUCUUCUUCUUCAAUUCAUUCUCUCAAUUUCUGUCAAUAUUCGCUCACGUAAAUACAUGCAACCAUCCUGAUUCACUCAACCCACAUUAUGAAAUCACUCUUUUUUUUAUUCCCCAUCAGAAACACUUUAUAUUUUGGCUGCUUGUAAAUAAUUAUUUAGAUUUCGAAAAAAAAAAAAUUAUUUGGGCGUGACGGUGCAUUGCUUUUCAGCAAUGGUGAGGAAACAUGGGUGGCAGCUACCUGCUCACACGUUUCAGAUUGUUGCGAUAACAGUAUUUUGCCUGUUAGUUGUUGCAUUCUACACCUUCUUUGCUCCAUUUCUUGGUGGCCGCAUUUGGGAGUAUGCUCUGGUUGCCACAUAUUCUACAGCGGCACUGCUUGUUUUCAUUCUCUAUGUUAGGAGUACUGCAAUUAAUCCUGCAGAUCCUGGUAUUAUGUUCAGGUUUGAUUCUGUAAUGACGAAUCAGGCCAAGAAUAUGCCAAGGCAAAACCAUGAGAAAAGCACAGCAGUACAUUCUUCUCUAUCAAGAGCUUCAAGAAGCCCGAUACCGACACAUAACUCCUUAAGAAAAGGAUCAAUAGAAGUAAAUGAAUAUCAGAUGGAAGCCUCGAAAAAGAAAACUGAGUGCACUGCUGGAGGGAUAUUAUGUGCACUGUAUGUACAUGAAGAUUGUCGCAUAAAUGUGACAGCGGAGUAUGAAGGCACACGUGAAGAUGCUUUGUUCUGCACAUUAUGCGAUUCGGAGGUGCGCAAAUUCAGCAAACACUGCAGAAGUUGUGACAAGUGUGUGGAUGGAUUUGAUCACCACUGCCGGUGGCUCAACAACUGUGUUGGGCGGAAAAAUUACAUUACUUUUAUCUCUCUUAUGGCAAUUAGUGUUCUUUGGUUAGCUAUUGAGGCUGUAGUUGGCAUUGCUGUUUUAGUUCGUUGCUUUGUCAGCAGGCAGAGUAUGGAGGCUGACAUAAAUGACAAACUAGGAAAUCGUUUCUCUCGUGCCCCAUUUGCAGCUGUUGUGGCUGUAUUUACGGUAGUCUCUUUGGUAGCAUGUCUACCGCUGGGUGAACUUUUGUGUUUUCACAUGAUACUUAUUAGAAAGGGUAUUACAACCUAUGAGUAUGUGGUGGCUAUGAGGGAAAAAAAUGAGGCUCCUCCAGGAACACGUGUUGAUGAGCAAUUUGCAAACAUCUUGUAUUCCCCAAGUGGGUCUGCUACAACUGGCUACAGUGUUGGAAGUUCCUUAGGUCUUCACUACAAGGGGGCAUGGUGCACUCCUCCUAGAGUGUUAGUGGAUUACCAGGAAGAAGUUGCACCUCAAAUGGAUCCUGGAAUAAUAGCAUCAACAGUUAAUCAGGAACCAGUGGGAUCUACAGAGAAGAGAAACCAGGUGCUCAAAAAACCUGUUCGAAUCAGUGCCUGGAAGCUUGCGAAACUGGAUUCAGAUAAGGCUGUAAAAGUAGCAGAGAAAGCAAGGGCAUCAUCUUCUGUACUGCGUCCUGUAAAUAACCAUGGUUCAGCAGAUGCUGAACUGAGCUCCAGUGAAAGUGUGAGUGUCAGAAGCAGUUUUAGUGUUGACAUAGGUCCAAAUAAAGACACAAACAAUGAUGGGCUAUUAUCUUCUUCACGGAACUCUUUCCCUUUAAGCCAAGGUUGCAGGGAUGAGUAUGAAUUAGGCAGUCAGAGUGCAAGUAGCUUCAGUAGUCCGAGUGAUGUUCACGAGUCUGUUGCUCUAAGCCCUAUCCCACAGUCGCAUGAUUUGAGCCCCCGUAUCCAUGACCAGUCUUUAGCUUUGAAAACCACUUCCGCGAGUAACCAAAGUCCAUUAAUCCAUACUUCUGUAGCAGGUCAAAAUCAGAUUAUAGAAGGUAGUACUGCUCCACCAAUGUCAUCUCCUGCUCAAGCUCGGUCAGCUUCUCUGAAUAGAGACUUUGAAAAGGUGUCUGUUGCAUGGGACCAAGAAGCAGGAAGGUACAUGUCGGUGCCUGUAUCAGCUACAGACACUCAGACCAGAUCAUCCUUGCAGACAGGAGCAUCUGGCAAUCCUGAUAGAAGUCCUGCAUUUUCGCUUCAAGAACCUCUGCCUCAUCGGGUUAAGCCUGAGACUGAGAAAUCAGAAAAGCUUAGGCACACUGGAGAAUCUAUUUUCUUCGGAGGACCUUUCUUCAAUCACCCCAUUAGAGAUAGUAUAAGAAAUAAAAUGGGUUCAAGUUCACAAGACAACUCUUCUCCAGAAUCCAAAAGCGAUCCGUCCUCAAAGCAACUUCCUGUCACAAUCCCGGAGGGUUCCUAGCAGAAAUUUCAUCCACGAGACCUAGUCCAGAGUAGUUAACUUGUACUUGUACAUAUGGCCCCUGGCUGUAUCUUUUUGGAGCCCAAGAAACACAGAGGGUCGAUUGCAACCCUCGUGUAAUAUGGUUCAAAAUAGUUUACGAGGUUUAUUCUUGUUGCCAGGAUAGACGGAUAGAAUAUUAUAGUGUUCCACCCUGUACAUCUCAAGUGAUACACAACUACAAAAGAAAAUACCUAUUUAGCUAUCAGACCUAUUUUAAUAUAUAUUUUUUAAUAUUAAAUCUAAUAAUUAUAAUA